ACCGAUAUGAAUUAAUGUAAACAUGGGUGCUAAAAAAAGGGUACACCUAUGAAAUCCAGAGCAUGGGAUUAAGCAAAGUGUGGUCGAAGCGAUGUGGUCUUGUGUCUUUCCAGGAACGGCAAGUGGUGGUGCUGCUUCCCAACGCUUCUUGCUUUCUCCUCGCAGCACUGCACAUUUCACUUAUUUCCUCCCAUCACUACAACAACUUGAAGGAAAAAGGAGCAAUUUCAAGACUUUCCCUUUAUCGCAUUUCUCAAUCAAAUGUUCAUCCCCGACUCAGGGAUCUACUGCAGACGAUAGCUUUUUCCAAGAAAACAAAGAAUCAAAUAACCAAGAAAGCAAAGGGUUUUGGAAGAAAUGGAAGGAAAACUCAGCGGAGAUGAGCGCAAAGUUAGCGAAGCUGGGGCUUGCAGCUGUUCUGGCUUAUGGUCUGUUUGAUGGUGUCACAUACACUAGCUUCUUUGUGCUUGCAUUCUUGGGCUAUGAGAAGAGUACUGGGAAUAAUCCUACUGCAAAUCUCCAAGCCCUCUUGGGGGUAAAAAGCUUUGAUAGCUAAUUAAUUGGUGAAAACUGAAAACAUCCACUCAUGGGUCAGCAGAGUUGGCUGGACUACAAUGUGAGUUUCACCAGCAGUGUGAAAUGAUUUCACUUGUUACAAUCAUCAAUCAUCAGAGAUAGCUAGCAGCCUUUCCAAUGCAAUGCAGUUCUUGGAGCCCAUCUUCUACUAAUAAUCUCUUGUUGAAAGACACAGAGGAUUAUGAUGCAGAAAUGCUGGAGAGCUCAAGCUACAGAGCUAUAACCAACAAACACUACAUUAAGUUGGACUUGCAUCACAUGAAGGGAUGGCUAAAAAGCAAAUCUCCAUUUUGCUUCUUUAGAUCAUCACAUCAAGAGAAGAAAGAGAAACUCCGGUUACAAACUGCAAAAUUACAUGCUCUACUUUCUCUCACACAGCUUGCUUCAGCAAUUUCUGGCUUUGCCAGCAAUAGCAGCUCCGGAAUUCUAGACUCACAGCAAAUGAAUUGGAGCCACAAUAUGGCUAGUGUAGUUGCUUCUGCUGCAGCUCUGAUGACAACAGUAUGUGCCGAGGCAGCUGAAUCUCUGGGAGCAGGAAGAGCUCAGGUUGCAUCUGCAGUCAAUUCUGGCCUGGCCAUCCAAACUCCUAUGGAUAUGAUCGCAGUGACAGCAACAACAGCCACAUAUCAUUGCUUGUUACCAGGUUUACGAGGAGCUGCAAUUCUUAAAUCAAGAGCCUUGGAUGAUCCCUCUCCUAGGAUCCCAGAGAUGCUCACUGCAGGCGCCCGAAUACGGAUAAUAAUGCUCUCAGGACAUAAAGAGGACAAAUGGGUGACCCUACACCAGAAGCAAAACCAGCUCAUACUGAGCCUCAAAAGGAAGUACUUUGGAGCUUUAACAACUUCAAAAGAAUACAAGCUUAUCAACAUAAUAAGAGAGUGUUUUGAGGCUCAAGACCAGUACUUUGUUAGCUUGAAGACGAACAAUGGCAUCAUCAAGCUUCUCUUCAAAGAUGAAAUGCAAUUAAGCAUCUGGAUAUCUACCAUUUCCAGUGUCUUAACAUCCUCUUGAGAAAGAGGUCAAUGUUGUACAAAGCAUUUGACAAGUCUAAUAACAUUCUUGAAAUCAUGCUCAACCUCAUACAUCAAAAGUAGAUGUUGCAACUUCCCGUCCCACAGUGUAAUUAUGUAAAACACAAGUUUUACACAAACCCGCAGUUGAAAAAAGGAAUAAAUGCACUGAAGUAGAGAAAGAGUUCAAAGUCACA